CUCCUUUUUUUUUUUUUCCUCUGUGUCUUCCGCGGCUCGCUUCUUUCUGCCCGCCAAGACCCUGUGUGCGACGCCUCGCACAGCUCGCCUGGCCGCCCGGAGGGGCCCCGCCGCUACCGGCCGCUGGUGCGCCCCGGGCCGCGGGCCCGCCGCGAGCGCAAGCCCCGCUGGCCGCCGCCAUGCACGCCGCCGCGGAGCCUUCGCCGCCCGAGGACCUUGGGACUACGUCGAGGCCGAACUUUUAGGUCCCGCUGAGCCAGGUGGGGGGCUGGCCGCGGCACUCCCGCGGAGGAUGGAUGGCCGAGACUUCGGGCCCCAGCGGUCCGUGCACGGCCCCCCGCCGCCGCUGCUGUCCGGCUUGGCCAUGGAUACCCACCGCGUGGGCGCCGCCACGGCCGGACGCCUGCCAGCCUCGGGCUUGCCGGGGCCACUGCCGCCCGGGAAGUACAUGGCCGGCCUCAACCUUCAUCCGCACCCGGGCGAGGCCUUCCUGGGCAGCUUCGUGGCCAGUGGGAUGGGACCAUCGGCCUCGUCCCAUGGGAGCCCAGUGCCCCUCCCUUCCGACCUCUCCUUCCGCUCCCCCACACCCAGCAACCUGCCCAUGGUGCAGCUGUGGGCCGCUCAUGCCCAUGAAGGUUUCUCCCACAUGCCCAGUGGGCUGUGCCCAUCCUACCUCCACCUGAACCACCUGGAGCCCCCCAGCAGCGGGAGCCCCCUCCUCAGCCAGCUGGGCCAGCCCAGCAUUUUCGACGCCCAGAAAGACGGCUUCUACCUGGCCGCCCCUGGAGCACCGGGCACCCUGCACUCGCAUGCGCCCUCCUCCAGGACCCCGGGUGGCCACUCUUCCGGCGCUCCACCCAAAGGCUCCUCCACAUCUUCGUCCUCCACGUCCCGGGAGGGGCCUGCCAAGGAGCGGGCGGGCCGCGGCGGGGAGCCGCCCCCGCUCUUCGGCAAGAAGGACCCGCGGGCCCGCGAGGAGGCGAGCCGCGUGGUGGACCUGACCCAGGAGGCGCGGGCCGAGGGCCGGCAGGAGCGCGCACCCCCGCGCCUGUCCGAGCGCCUGUCCCCCUUCCUCGCAGAGGCCAAGGGCAAGAGUGUGUUGCAGCCGUCGGCGCUGAGCCUGUGCAACGGCGCGGGGGACGCAGGGCUGCCGGCUCUCGUGGCCGAAGCGGGCCGCGCCAGCGCCAAGGAGGCGGCCAGGCAAGACGAGAACGCGCGGCUCCUGCGGCGCGCCGAGGCCCUGCUGCCCGGGCCGCGGCCCUGCCCCUCCCCGCUACCCCCGCCCCCGCCGCCCCCCAAAGGGCCGCCCGCGCCCUCGGCUUCCGCGGCUGCCGGCGUCUACACCGUGUUCCGCGAGCCGGGCCGCGAGCACCGUGUGGUGGCGCCUACCUUCGUGCCUUCCGUGGAGGCCUUCGACGAGCGCGCGGGGCCCAUCCAGAUCGCGUCCCAGGCACGCGAUGCCCGCGCGCGCGAACGCGAGGCGGGACGGCCAGGCGUCCUGCAGGCGCCCCCCGGCUCCCCGCGGCCCCUGGACAGGCCCGAGGUCCUGCGGGAGAAGAACUCGGUCAUCCGCUCCCUGAAGCGGCCGCCGCCCGCCGACGCCCCGCCGGCCCGCAGUGCGCGCGCCUCCCCGGACCCCCGCACCUACCUGCCCGCCAAGGAGCUGCUGAGGCCGGACGGCGAGCCCCGGCCGUGCGAGCGCGCGCCCCGCGGCCCGGCCACCGCCGCCCAGCAGGCCGCCAAGCUCUUCAGCCUGGAGUCGGGGCGGCCGCCCGCACCCACCGGGCCCGAACCCAAGUGGAAGCCCUUCGAAUUGGGCAACUUCGCCACCACGCAGAUGGCCGUGCUGGCCGCGCAGCACCACCACGCCGGCCGCGCGGAGGAGGAGGCCGCGGCCGUGUCCAAGAAGUCCUACCUGGAGCCGGGGCCAGCUCUGCCCCGUGCGUCGGCGUCCUGUGUCCGACCUGUAGCUGACCUGCGCCCUGCCACGCACGCGCCCGGGGAGGCCUCGGCCAUGCAGAGCCUCAUCAAGUACAGCGGUAGCUUCACCCGCGAGGCGGUUGCCGUGCGCCCCGGGGGCUGCGGCAAGAAGAGCCCUUUUGGAGGUCUGGGUACCAUGAAGCCUGAGCCGGUCCCCACCUCGGCAGGGGCGCCCAGGGCCCAGGCCCGCCUGCCGCACCCCGGAGGGCCUGCGGCCGGUGGGAGCAGACAGCUGAAGCGGGACCCGGAGAGGCCUGAGAGCGCCAAGGCGUUUGGUCGCGACAGCUCUGGGGCCCAGGGCGAGGUUGAAGUGCGACACCCACCAGUGGGCAUCGCCGUGGCCGUGGCCCGGCAGAAGGACAGUGGGGGCAGUAGCCGGCUGGGGCCUGGACUGGCGGACCAGGAGCGCUCCUUGUCACUAAGCAACGUCAAAGGGCAUGGCCGAGCUGAUGAAGACUGUGCGGAUGACAGAGCCAGGCACCGGGAGGAGCGGCUGCUCGGGGCUCGCCUGGACCGGGAUCAGGAGAAGCUGCUCAGGGAAAGCAAGGAGCUGGCCGACCUGGCCCGCCUGCACCCCACCAGCUGUGCUCCAAAUGGCCUCAACCCAAACCUCAUGGUGACCGGGGGCCCUGCCCUGGCAAGCUCGGGACGCUGGUCUACUGACCCCGCAGCUCACCUGGCCACACACCCCUGGCUGCCUCGCUCAGGCAGUACGUCCAUGUGGCUCGCCGGACACCCCUAUGGCUUGGGCCCCCCUUCUCUACACCAGGGUGUGGCGCCUGCGUUCCCGCCAGGCCUCGGGGGCUCACUGCCCUCAGCCUACCAGUUUGUGCGGGACCCCCAGUCGGGCCAGCUGGUGGUCAUCUCCAGCGAUCACCUGCCUCACUUUGCCGAGCUGAUGGAGCGGGCCGCAGUGCCACCGCUCUGGCCCUUGUACCCUCCGGGCCGCAGCCCCCUGCACCACGCCCAGCAGCUGCAGCUCUUUUCACAGCAGCACUUCCUGCGGCAGCAGGAGUUCCUGUACCUGCAGCAGCAGGCGGCCCAGGCCCUAGAGCUGCAGAGGAGCACUCAGCUGGUGGAGCGACUGAAGGCCCAGGAGCAUCGGGCAGAGGUGGAGGAGAGAGUGACCAAGCGCAAUCUGGAGGCCGCGGGCAAGGCUGGCCUGGCCGCCGCAGGGCCUGGGCUGCUGCCUCGGAAGCCCCCCGGACUGGCCACUGCUCCCGCUGGCGCUUACAGCAAGGCCGGGAGCCCACCACCGUCUCCCCGUGCAUCCCCUGUGGCCGCCCUCAAGGCCAAGGUGAUCCAGAAGCUGGAGGACGUGUCCAAGCCACCUGCCUACGCCUAUCCCGCCACGCCCAGCUCCCAGCCCAGCAGCCCGCCGCCCGCCUCCCCGCCCCCUGCCCCUGGCGUCACCCGCAAGGAGGAGGCCCCAGAGAACGUGGUGGAGAAGAAGGACUUGGAGCUGGAGAAGGAAGCCCCCAGCCCCUUCCAGACCUUGUUCUCAGAUAUCCCCCCCAGGUACCCGUUCCAAGCCCUUCCGCCGCACUACGGGAGGCCCUACCCCUUCCUGCUGCAGCCCGCAGCAGCUACCGACGCAGAUGGCCUGGCCCCCGAUGUGCCGCUCCCAUCCGAGGGGCGUGAGCAGCUGGCGCUCUCACCCGAGGACAAGCCCAUCCGCCUGUCACCCUCCAAGAUCCCGGAGCCACUGCGGGAGGGUCCGGAAGAAGAAACGCUGGUCGAGAGGGAGGUGAAGGCCGAGGUGGAGGACGAGGACGAAGGCCCAGCCGAGCUGCCUCCCCUGCAGUCACCGCUGGCCCUGCCCACCGCCGACACCAUGGCGGCCGUGAGCCCCGCGAGCGGCUGUGGAGGCAGCCUGCUGGAGGCCCAGGCGCUGAGUGCUGCUGGCCAGGACUGUGUGGAGCCCGCCGAGUGCCCAGGCUUUAGGGAAGGGGCCGAAACACAGGUGGACUUGCCAGGCCGGACAGAAUCCUGCACGGCUGCCUUGGAGCUGGGGGGCCGGCUGACACCUGAGACACUGAUAGAGACCAAGGAGGAGCCAGUGGAGGUGCCCCUGGAUGCGCCCAUGGAGGUGCCCGUAGUGGAGGCGGCACCCGAGGAAGACCUGGCCUCGGCAGCCCUGAGUGAGCCCCAAGCCGACCUGGAACUGUCACGGUGUGACGUCUCCGCCACGGAGGACCAGGCCCUGAGUCUGGACGCCCAGGAGGCUGUCCCUGGGCCCGGCGGUGCCUGCUACCUGGAGGAGGUGAGCUCUGACCAGUUCCUGUCUGGCCUGGAGGACCCGCUGGCUGGCAUGAAUGCGCUGGUGGCGGCUGCGGAGCUGCCCCAGGCCAGGCCCCUGCCCUCCCCGGCUGACGAGGCCCCGGCCUUGGAGAAGCUGGACGCUGCCGUGGCCCCAAGCCUGGUCCUGGAGCAGAGCUUCCUGCACGGUAUCACCCUGCUGAGCGAGAUCGCCGAGCUGGAGCUGCAGCGCCGGAGCCAGGAGCCGGGAGGUGCGGAAGUGGGCCGGGCUGUGCGGCCCUCCCUGGAGAGCCUGCUGGUGGCCAGCAGCCACAUGCUGAAGGAGGUGCUGGACAGCCCCUUUGUGGACCCGCUCAAGACCCUGCGGCUCCCACGGGAGCUGAAACCCCACAAGAAGUACAGCUGGAUGCAGAAGAAGGAGGAACGGAUGUACGCCAUGAAGUCCUCGCUGGAAGACAUGGGUGCCCUGGAGCUGGACUUCCGGAUGCGGCUGGCUGAGGUCCAGCGGCAGUACAAGGAGAAGCAGCGUGAGCUGGUGAAGCUGCAGCGUCGCAGGGACUGCGAGGACAGGCACGAGGAACCCCAUAGAAGCUUGGCACGCAGAGGCCCUGGCAGGCCGCGGAAACGGAGCCACACCCCGGGCGCCCUGUCGCCCCCCCGCAAGCGAGGGAAGAGCCGCACCAGUGGCGGAAAGCUAAGCAGCAAGUCCCUGCUGACAUCUGAUGGCUAUGAGCUGGGAACAGGGAUAAGAAAGCGACCCAAGGGGCCCGAAGAGGAACACGAUGCACUCGUCACAGUGGGGAAAGCCAGGGGCAGGAGCCAAGCUUUGGAUGAGCAGGAAGCCUCGGCCGACUUCAUCAGUCAGCUGAAGAUUAAGAAGAAGAAGAUGGCCAGCGACCAGGAGCAGCUGGCAAGCAAGCUGGACAAGGCACUGUCCCUCACCAAGCAGGACAAGCUCAAGUCACCCUUCAAGCUUUCUGACAGUUCUGGGGGGAAGUCCAGGAAUACCGGGGGCUGUGGCAGAUACUUGACUCCUUACGACAGCCUGCUGGGCAAGGACAGGAAGGCGCUGGCCAAAGGCCUCGGCCUGUCUCUGAAAUCUACCAGAGAAGGUAAACACAAAAGGGCUGCCAAAGCCAGGAAGAUGGAGCUGGGGUUCAAGGCCAGAGGCCAGACCAAGUUGGCUCAUUCCCCAUUCACCUCGGAAGUGAGCAGCUACUCCUACAAUACGGACUCCGAGGAAGACGAGGGGUUCCUGAAGGACGAGUGGGCCGCCCAGGCCCCCUCCAGCUCCAAGUUAGCAUCUUCCCUCCUGUGUGGCAUGGUGACAAAGAACAGCAAAUCAGCCACAGGCCCCAAGCUCACCAAGAGGGGCCUGGCGGGCCCCAGGACUCUGAACCCCAAGCCGGCCGGCGGCAGGAAGCAGCCGUUCUGUCUGCUGCUCCGAGAGGCCGAGGCCCGGUCUGCCUUCAGUGACUCCUCGGAGGACUCGCUUGACCAAGAUGAAAGCUCCGAGGAGGAGGAGGAGGACGAGGAGGAGGAGGAGGAGGAGGAGGCUGAGGCCGCUGGUGGCUAUCGGCUGGGCGCCCGGGAGCGGGCCCUGUCACCAGGCCUGGAGGAGAGUGGCUUGGGCCUGCUAGCACGCUUUGCGGCCAGCGCCCUCCCCAGCCCCAUGGUGGGGCCGUCACUGUCGGUGGUGCAGCUGGAAGCCAAGCAGAAGGCGCGGAAGAAGGAAGAGCGACAGAGCCUGCUGGGGACAGAGUUCGAGUACACAGACUCGGAGAGCGAGGUCAAGGUGCGUAAGCAGUCCCCUGCUGGGCUGCUGCGGCCCAAGAAAGGCCUGGGGGAGCCGGGACCCACCCUGGCCGUACCCACGCCCAGCGCCCGGGGCCCCAGCCCCUCCAGCCCAGAGAAGGCCAAGCUAGCGGCCGAGAAGGGACGCAAGACCCGGAAGCUGCGGGGCCCCAAGGAGCCCGGUUUUGAGGCAGGACCCGAGGCCAGCGACGACGACCUGUGGACGCGGCGCCGCAGCGAGCGUAUCUUCCUGCACGACGCCUCUGCUGUCGCCCCCGUGCCCGUCAGUGCUGCACCGGUCCCCAAGCCCAGCCGCUGCGGCAAAGGCGGCCCCCUGAGCCCACGAAAGGACACCGGCCGAGCCAAGGACAGGAAGGACCCCAGGAAGAAGAAGAAAGGGAAGGAGACCGGGCCAGGAGCCCCUGCACAGCCAUCCCGUCCGCCUGCCCUGCCGCCUGAGGCCAGGGCCCCUCACGCCAGCUCACUGGCCACUGCCAAGAGGAACAAGGCCAAGGCCAAAGGGAAGGAGGUGAAGAAGGAGAACCGGGGUAAGGGGGGCGCUGUGAGCAAACUCAUGGAGAGCAUGGCGGCUGAGGAGGACUUCGAACCCAACCAGGACUCCAGCUUCUCGGAGGACGAGCACCUGCCUCGCGGUGGGGCCGUGGAGCGGCCGCUGACCCCAGCCCCACGCUCCUGCGUUAUUGACAAGGACGAGCUAAGGGAUGGCUUGCGUGUGCUCAUCCCCAUGGACGACAAGCUGCUGUACGCCGGGCACGUGCAGACGCUGCACUCGCCGGACAUAUACCGUGUGGUGGUGGAGGGCGAGCGGGGGAACCGGCCCCACAUCUACUGCCUGGAGCAGCUGCUGCAGGAGGCGAUCAAUGAUGUCAGACCGGCCUCCACGCGCUUCCUGCCUCAGGGGACCCGGAUCGCGGCCUACUGGAGCCAGCAGUACCGUUGCCUCUACCCGGGCACUGUGGUCCGAGGGCUGCUGGACCUGGAGGAUGAUGGGGACCUGAUCACUGUGGAGUUCGACGACGGAGACACGGGCAGGAUUCCCCUCUCGCAUAUCCGCCUCCUGCCACCUGACUACAAGAUCCAGUGUGCCGAACCGUCCCCAGCCCUCCUGGUGCCCAGUGCCAAGCGUCGCAGCCGAAAGACCAGCAAAGACACCGGGGGAAGCAAAGAAGGGGGCACAGCGGGGGCCGAGGAGUCUGGAACCAAGGCCCGAGGGCGUGGCCGCAAACCCAGCACCAAGGCUAAAGGUGACAGGGCUGCUGUCCUUGAGGAAGGGGGCGCCACCGAUGAGGUGCCCAGUGCCCCACUGGCACUGGAUCCCAUCAGCACCCCAAGUUCCAAGAAGAGCCCUCCGGAGCCUGUGGACAAGCGGGCCAAAGCCCCCAAGGCUCGCCCAGCCCCCUCGCAGCCCAGCUCUGCACCGACCUCCCUUGCCAGCUGCCCUGCUCCUGAGCCCUUUGGGGAGUUGCCGGCCCCCUCCACGGGCCCGGCCCCAGCCCCGCUCGCCACUGUGCCCGUCACCAUGCCCGCCACCCGCCCCAAGCCUAAGAAGGCUCGGGCUGCCGAGGAUCCUGGCAUCAAGGGCCCCCGGAGACCAGGCGAGGAGGCCGAGCUGCUCGUGAAGCUGGACCACGAGGGGGUCACGUCCCCCAAAAGCAAGAAGGCCAAAGAGGCCCUGCUGCUCCGGGAAGACCCGGGCGCUGGGGGCUGGCAGGAGCCCAAGGGCUUGCUGGGCCUGGGUAGCUACGCCCCAGCAGCUGGCAGUGGUGAGCCCAAGACGGCCUGGCCCAAGGCCCUGGAUGGGGACCUCGCCCAGGAGCCUGGGUCGGCACUCGCGUCGGAGGACUCGGGCAAUGCCAAGAGCCCCGACAAAGCCCAGGCUGAGCAGGACGGGGCUGAGGAGUCUGAGAGCAGUGGCAGCAGUGGCAGCAGUAGCAGCAGCAGCAGCGGCUCAGAAACUGAAGGCGAGGAGGAAGGCGAGAAGAGCAGGGAGGAAGGCCGGGGUGCCGGCGGCCGGGACUGCAGCGCCUCCAGCUCCAGGGCAUCCUCUCCUGCCUCCUCCUCAUCCUCUUCCUCCUCCUCCUCGUCUUCCUCUUCUUCCUCCUCCUCCUCUUCCUCCUCCUCCUCUUCUUCCUCUUCUUCCUCCUCUUCCUCCUCUUCCUCUUCUUCCUCCUCUUCCUCUUCUUCCUCAUCCUCAUCCUCCUCCUCUUCCUCCUCCUCCACCACAGACGAAGAUUCUUCCUGCAGCUCGGAUGAUGAGGCCACCCCUGCCCCAGCAGCCGGCCCCUCUGCCCAGCCGGCCCUCCCCACCAAGGCCCCCAAGCAGACAGGCAAAGCGCGGUCCUCAGCUCACUCCCCAGGCAAGAAGACGCCCGCGGCCCAGCCCCAGGCUCCCCCAGCCCAGCCCCCACAGCCUCUGCAGCCUAAGGCCCAGACUGGGGCGGGAGCCAAGAACCGACCCAAGAAGAGAGAAGGUGUGCACCUGCCCACCACCAAGGAGCUGGCCAAGCGGCAGCGCCUGCCAUCCGUGGAGAACCGGCCCAAGAUCGCCGCCUUCCUGCCCGCCCGGCAGCUCUGGAAGUGGUUCGGCAAGCCCACCCAGCGGCGUGGCAUGAAGGGCAAGGCACGGAAGCUCUUCUACAAGGCCAUCGUGCGUGGCAAGGAGAUGAUCCGCAUUGGGGACUGCGCCGUCUUCCUGUCGGCUGGCCGCCCCAACCUGCCCUACAUCGGCCGCAUCCAGAGCAUGUGGGAGUCCUGGGGCAAUAACAUGGUGGUGCGUGUCAAAUGGUUCUACCACCCGGAGGAGACCAGCCCUGGCAAGCAGCUGCACCAGGGCCAGCACUGGGACCAGAAAUCCGGCCGCAGCUUCCCCGCAGCCCUGCGGGCCUCCAGCCAGAGGAAGGAUUUCAUGGAGCGCGCCCUGUACCAGUCCUCGCACGUGGAUGAGAACGACGUGCAGACGGUGUCGCACAAGUGCCUGGUGGUGGGCCUGGAGCAGUACGAGCAGAUGGUCAAGACGAAGAAGUACCAGGACAGCGAGGGCCUGUACUACCUCGCGGGCACCUACGAGCCCACCACUGGCAUGAUCUUCUCCACGGAUGGCGUGCCCGUGCUCUGCUGAGCACCGCCCGCGCC